GAGCGGGGGACCAGCAGGCCUAGCUCGGAGGCGGCGGCGAAGGAGACGCGGGCAUGGAGCCUCUGCGGGUCCUGGAGCUGUACAGCGGCGUCGGCGGCAUGCACCACGCGCUGAGAGAAAGUGGGAUACCUGCACAAGUGGUGGCUGCCAUUGAUGUAAACACUGUUGCUAAUGAAGUAUACAAGUAUAAUUUUCCUCAGACGCGUCUACUGGCCAAGACAAUUGAGGGCAUUACAAGAGAAGAGUUUGACAGAUUAUCUUUCGAUAUGAUUUUAAUGAGCCCUCCGUGCCAGCCAUUCACAAGAAUUGGCCUGCGGGGUGACAUGACUGAUCCAAGGACAAAUAGCUUCUUAUAUUUUCUUGAUAUUCUCCCAAGAUUACGGAAAUUACCGAAGUAUAUUCUUUUAGAAAAUGUUAAAGGUUUUGAGGUGUCUUCUACAAGAGACCUGUUAAUACAAACAAUGGAAAAUUGUGGUUUUCAGUACCAGGAAUUUCUAUUAUCUCCAACCUCUCUCGGCAUUCCAAAUUCAAGGCUACGAUAUUUCCUUAUUGCAAAACGUCAGUCAGAACCAUUACCAUUUCAAAACCCUGGCCAGGUACUCAUGGAGUUCCCCAAAAUUGAAUGUGAACACCCACAGAAGUGUGCAAUUGAUGCAAAAAAUAAAAUCAAAGAAAACAAAAUUGAAUCAAGUAUUUGCUUUGAUAGCAGCACACAGUGUUCUGGCAGAGGUGCCGUUCUUUAUAAGCUGGAAACUGCAGAAGAAAUUGAAAGGAAAAAUCAACAAGACAAUGACCUCUCUGUGCAAAUGCUGAAAGGUUUUCUUGAAGAUGACAUUGACAUGAAUCAGUACUUUUUACCUCCACAGUCAUUGCUGCGAUAUGCUCUGUUAUUAGACAUUGUUAGACCCACGUGCAGAAGAUCAACAUGCUUUACCAAAGGUUAUGGAAGCUACACAGAAGGGACAGGAUCUGUGCUACAGACUUCAGAGGAUGUGCAGAUGGAAAGUAUCUAUAAGUCUCUUACUGAUUUGUCACAAGAAGAAAAGAUAACAAAGUUAUUAAUGCUUAAACUGCGAUACUUCACUCCUAAAGAAAUAGCAAACAUCCUUGGAUUUCCUCCCGAGUUCGGUUUUCCUGAGGAGAUAACAGUGAAACAGCGUUAUCGCCUGCUUGGAAAUAGUCUCAAUGUGCAUGUGGUAGCUAAACUAAUUAAACUCCUGUAUGAGUAAUUAUAAAAUAAUGCUGGAAGAUGGUCUUGCUAUUCCUACAUUUCCAGAUAGUAAUUCUAAAAUUCUGCUUUGAACUAAUUCUGAUGAAAUUCAACUAAAUUAUUUUAAUCUGUCAUUAUUACGAAAUUCAAAAUUUAAUCCAAAAAAGUCCAUUUGUUUCCUUAAAUUUAUAUUACUAUAUUUUAUAAAAUAUAAAUUAUUGUUAUGCUUUA